CGUAGCGUUAUAAUGGUGGGAUAACCAGGUGAUUGCACAUAUAUGUAGGCCUAUAGCAAGUUAUUCGACCGUCUUGGCUCUUCGACUAUAACCGGAUAAUUUGGAACACGUCAACAUUUCUCAACCAAGUCGUCGAUAUACAAGCUGUAUAUAAAUUCAAAUAAGAGAGAAGCUAUUUCACGCAACGAGCUUGACUUCCGACAAUGUCAACGGUGUUUCAUGCUUUCAUUUUGAUCUUGUUUCUUGUUCCGAGAAUUUAUGGAGAUCCCACACCAGUUGCUCCAACUGAAUCUGCUACACAAGCAUCAGUCCCUACAUCAAUCAACAAAUCCUCAACUGGAAGUACAGUGUUGACAACUACAUCGCCACAGACUGGGAAUGGUUCAGCCUUUCAAACGCAAGCUGCUCCCUCUUCCCCACAGGGACAAUCACCUGUGCCUUCUACAGCAUCAGGAACAGGAGAAACAUCUAAAUCUGGUGAUACUUCUGUAGCAGAUGGAAACAACAACUCUACCACUAAUAAAACAGACAUUUCUACAACAAAACCUGUAACCUCUAAUAUUACACCAGCUCCUACUACUUCAAGUCCUUCAACGACAAGCUCCAGUACAACACCAACUCCUUCUACUGUAAAUCCUUCAGCAACAAACUCCAGUAAAACACUAGCUCCUACUGCUGCAAAUCCUUCAACGACAAGCUCCAGUAUAGCACCAGCUCCUACUACUGCAAACUCUUCAAUGACAGGCUCUAAUACAACACUAGCUCCUAUUACUGUAAAUCCUUCAACAACAAACCCCAGUAAAACACCAGUUCCUACUACUGCAAAUCCUUCAACGACAAGCUCCAGUAUAGCACCAGCUCCUACUACUGCAAACUCUUCAAUGACAGGCUCUAAUACAACACUAGCUCCUAUUACUGUAAAUCCUUCAACAACAAACCCCAGUAAAACACCAACUUCUACUACUGCAAAGCCUUCAACGACAAACUCCAGUACAACACCACUUUCUACUACUGCAAAACCUUCAAUGACAAGCUCUAAUAUAACACCAGUUCCUACUACUGCAAAACCUUCAACACCAAAAACCAGUACAACACCAGCUCCUAUUACUGCAAAACCAGCGACAAGCUCCAUUACAACACCAGAUAGAGUACAUGCGACUACUGAGAAGGUUAAAAACAAACCUGCUGGAGGUAACAAUGCAGGAAAGAUAGCUGUUGGGGUAGUCAUCGCAGUAGUCCUCACAAUUGCCAUCAUCAUAGGAGUCCUGUGGUACCGACGACGAUAUGUGUCAGGAACAUGGGGAAUGGGAUCUUCAGUUGCCUAUCGCACAUGGGGAAACAAUGGUGCAGACUUUGCUGAUGACGAGAGAAUUUCUAUCAACCGUCGAUAAGAACAUCUUUCACAGCAAAGGACCAAACUCAACACAUGCCGUUAGUUGUGGACUUUUGUCACUCUUUGCUUACUGUGAUCUUUACGAUAAUCAUAAUGCAAGGAAGAUAGCUCUUGCAAUAAUGCGCUGUCACAAAUAUCUCUGUUACUGUAAGUGUUGAAAAGAGGUUCAGGUUUUAUAUUUAAAACUGCCCCAGUGGUAUAGCAUAUAUAAUAUUACAUUCCGAGUUUAGUUUAGGAACAUGUACAACCUGGAAAUUUGAUCAUCACAUAUAGACACAGAAAUUUGAUUGUGUAUUGUAAUUUGAUGAGUUGGAAAGUCACUUGAGUAUAAGGAGUGGCUUGAGCUUUCAUAUGAGUGGUCAGUUCUUAUGAGUGGUCUGCCAUGACAUAAAUCAUCAGCUCUCAAGCGAGUGGUCAUUUCAGUUGAGUGGUCACCUCACAAAUGAAUGUGUCAGUUCUCAUACAAGCUGUCAUUUCUGAUGAGAUUGGUCAGCAAUCACGUGAAUGAAUAUGGUCAGCUCUCAUUUGAGUGGUCAUUUCUGAUAAUAGUGGCCAGUUAUCACCUGAGAGGUCAGUUCUCAUAAUGACUGUCUCAAGUGGUCCCAUUAUAAGGUUCACUCACAAAGACUACCAAGGUAAUCACAGGUUGCUCACAAUGAUCUCUAAUGUCACUUUUUCAGAAAAACUGAUUCAUAAUCUGUUGGUCUAAAAUAUUAUAAAAGUUAAUUAUCAAAUCUGCCUUUGUCCUUUGGCAGCUACCAGUACCCUGGUAUGUCUAAACUUGUUUUAUGAUUGCAAGGAUAAUUAGGAAAAUCAGAAGGUCACUGUUACUACCAACAAUUAUAUAAAGUCACUGGUAUAUAAACCAGCCUUACUCACCAAUUUAACAAGUCACAGGUACACAAACCAAAAUAUACCCACCAACUUUGUACUUAAAUCUGUAAACAAGCUCCGUAAUAUUGAAAUAUGAAUACAUGUAAUAAGUAAGGUUUUCAUCCAGUAACACAGCUCUGCUGUACUUGUGUUUCUCUUUCAAUGGUGGUGAAUUGGAAACUUCAAUAACCAUAUUGUGAUUGUGUCAUUGUAAUUAUCUAAAUGAAUUAGAUUGCAUGUUUUUCAAGGGAGAUAAUCCAGUUUGGAUAUGUCCCAUAAUCAAUGCUAAUAUAAUCAUUAUUUUUGGAUAAUUGUAUGUUGUAUACAAAUAAUUAUACUUGUAGUUUGUUGUUGAUUAUUAUAUGAAUGUAUCAAUGCAAAAUCUCACCAAGUGCUCACAUUCGUUUUUAUAUAUUUUGUUGUUGUAUAAAAUAUACCUAUAUACAUGUACUUGCAAAUUAUUUUCCCACCUUUAAUAAUCCAUUAUGUAUUGAAGGUCAUACUUUGUGCCAGUAUGACUAAAGCUAAGAACUUUGUAAUAGUUCUAGAACUUUCAAUGUCAAAACAAUUCUGUGUCAAUCAUUCUGUCAAAUUCAUUAAAACAACUUAUUAAAAACGAUGUUCCAGACUUUUGUCAGCCUUAUAUUGACUUCAAAAAUUGUUAUUGUUCUAUUGAAAGUAAACAUUUAAAUAUUGCUUUCAUGGUUGCAGAUUAAUUAAGAAAAUUUCAAAUUCCUGUCAAAAAAUGGUUUUCAAGUUUUGACCUAACAGUAUAAUUGUUCAGUGUUGGGAGCAUUCAUGUUUAUAAUUUUCUCAUUUGAACAGUGAUUCAGUUUUAGCCAUGCAUUAUAUUCAUAAGGUAAACCCAACAGGCUGACAUGACAAGUUUUGAGAAAUUUAAUGAUAUUUGUAAAUGAUAAACAGGCGUUGUUUUCAGUGAAUUACAUAAGAUUUUUAUGUGUGUGACAAUACUGUAAAUCACUUCUAUUUCCACAGAUAUUUUCACAAUGGCGCAGCGCUAUUUGAAAACUUAUUCUCAGAAUUUCUAUUUAUAUGUACUUGAAUAAUCAUUAUUUUUGAGGCUUCAAUUUGCUUCACAAUUGAAAUUCAAGUUAUUUAAAAGGUGUUAACGUUAUCUAGCAAAAUGAAAGUGGUUUACAGUAUUGGUGUAAUAUUGUGAUUUAUAUAUGUACACAAACGUACAUAUUCUUACAUAUCAGUCUGACAUUCCUUAUAUUAUAUACUUGUUAUGGUACAGUACCAGGUACAUGUAAAUCCUAUUAUUGUCUAAUGCAGUCUCACCUUGUACAUGCUUACUACACAACAUAUGAAGUAAUGCAGAUGGUGCAAUACAUCUUGGCCUAGUUUUUUCAAAGUCUGAUCAACUUAAUUAGCACUAAAUCAAAAAAAAGAAUCGGGGGGAAGAUGUUCAAAAGAAUUUAAGGUCAAAAUUAUAUGUCUGAAGAUAAGGAAAACAAAAAGCAUUUGUAAAUGUUCAAAUAUUUCUCAGAAAUACAUUUAGCAUGCUGGAGCUCAGAAAUAGCAUGUUGAAAUUUGUGUUAAGGUGUCGUUAAGCUAACCAGACUUUAAGAAACUGAUCCCUGGUAUAUUAUCACACUAUCAUCUGUAUCUGGCUAUCCUAUAAUCCAACCUGUCUCUUGUCAGUAGUAGUAGCUGGCUAGAACUUGGAAAGAGUUACACCCCUUCAGUCAAAGCAAUAAAGAAAUAGUCAGUUUGUGAAAAUUCGUUUUAGAUAUUACUGUUUUCUUGUCGUAGAUCUGUUAUUUGUUUCAAUUCCUUGUAUUUUAUUUGAGAGAGUAGUAAUACCAAGUAUUUCUAAUGUUGUCCAUCUCAGCUAUAAUUUUAUAGUCAAACAGAUUGAUCUGAAAGGAAAUCAAAACGUUUAGCAAGGAAUGUUGAUUUUUAAAUCUCUGAAUUUUUUUUCAAACCAUUUUUGGUAAUUUUUUCUUACAUAUCUGCCAAAACAUUUAUGUACUGUAUAUAGUGAGUGCUAUUGUGUAAAUAACACUUGUACAUGAUCUGAAAUAAGUAAUGCUUUAAAAAAUUGUUGAUAUUUAUUACAAUAUCUGCAAUAAUCGAUAAUGACAGGUAACUGGAUUAGUGAUCUCGCCUUUUAUUGUGCAAUGUAAUGCAGCUACCAUAUCUAACUAUGAUGACCAUUCGUUCCAUUAUGUAUAUUAUUUUGACUUGGACCAAAUAGGCCUUGUAUUUACACAGGAUAAGUAAUACCUGUACUGUCAGUACCCAACUGAUCUAAUUAAUCCUCUGAUUGAUGAUUAGUGUUUAUAACAGAAUUACUUAGUAUGUGUAAUAUUAAAUGUUUAAUUUAGCUUUUAAAAAUCUUAUCUUACAUGAGUUUCCAUUUCAUAUGAAAUGAAAACGAGUGUAAGACCCGUUAUCACAUUAUCAAGAUUUGUGGCAGUUAUUCGUGUAAAUCAACAUUAAUUGUAAUGCAACCUUGUAAUGUAAAAAGCCACCAUUUUGACUCCAGUGCGUAAGUCUGUGACGUCAUGUACUUGUCCUAGGUGUGACGUCACAAUUGAAACUUACAA